UACAGCUGGCUAGUGGACCUGUUGAAAAAAAAAGAAAAGGCCAGUUGUUAAACUUAGGAAAUUAAUUUAGAAUUGCACAACUGAGUGGAUGAAGACUGUAUUUAGGAUUUUCAGAUCCAGCACUCAUCACUCUUAUAAAGGCUGGCCAGGGUUCUUCAUUACCAUUCUCUUUCACUCAGGAAACGGUGCGGUUAUGACUUAGCAACACAUUUCAGAUUGCUUCAGACUUACUUCAAAACACUUCAAAAUGCAGAUUUUAAGGGGCAAGACAAUAACAUGCACAAGCAUGCUUCUCUGUGGCUUACUGCUAAUCUACUGCCAGCAGAUGGCACCUGUGGGGGCUCAAGACAUAUAUGUGGCAGAAGUGAUGAUUGAAGGUAAUGCAACCAUGGAUGUGUCUGGUUUCGUGUCUGAAAUGAUCAUGCCCGUCACAGCCACCACGAGCAUUGUGGAGGCUGAAAUAAUAGCUGAAUGUGAGCUCGUUGGUGAUGAGACAACCUGCUGGUGUGCACCUAAUUACAUCUGGAGUGACCUCGUGUGUGACACUGUAACUACCUGUUGCAACGUUUUACAGUGUGUGGCGAAUAUAUCUGAUUUCACACCAAUGUGUGUGCCCCAAGUGAACGUUACCCUUUCUGGAAUCAUCGUCAUGCCAGCAGGAAACAACCUUCAACCGUCUCUGCAAACAGAGUUCUCAAAACUGAAUGGGUUCAACUCGCUCAUUGUGACAACAGUUGCUACAGGUCAAAAUUUCGUGGUGACUCUCAAUGCCACGUUCAUGAGUUAUAAAGUUCAAGACAUCAUCACAAGAAUAAGGACAUCCAACGCGUACAUUACAGAUAUGAACGUUACAUCAGCAGGAUUGGUCACUAUGGAAAUCCCUAUAGGGAAGGUGUGCUAUUAUUCACAGUACAUACUAAACUGCAGCACAGAUGAAACAAUGGAGUCUUGCACUUGGAUGAUUUCUUAUCCUGGCCAGUACCCACAGACAAUUGGAGUUGGGACAGAAGUGUUAGAACUGCCUUGUUCAAACCAAACAGCAAUCAGCCUUCUAAACAUCAGAGGGAAUUGGGCAGGAACCUACACCUGCCUACUUACCAAUGGAUCAGUGUCGCAUACAGCCACAGGACUUCUCGAGGUCGCCCAAUUACCAGAAAAAGUUAAUGUCACAAGCAUGCCACAGACUGCAGAUUGUUCAGUGGGAACAUCCACAACAGUUACUGUGUCAUGUUCCAUCUUUCCAAGUCCAGAGAACUACACUGUUACGAUAAACAAUUUACCAACACAGCAGUCAGUGACCAGCCUGUUAGUAAACUACACUAUAAGUCUUCCCAUCGACUGCACGACAGUAAUCAUACCAUCAGUCACUGCUUUGUGCCAGAUUACAAACAGUCUAAACCAGAUAAUUGUCAUGAAUACAACCAUACCGAUAAUAUACCCUGGGGAACCAUUUUGUCCAGAAGAGAACGGAUGGCCAAAAACCAAGGGUGGAGAAAAAGCGACCAUACUCUGUACUGCAAUAGGCAGAGUAGGAAAUUUGGAGCGAAUGUGCAAUGGCACAGUAUGGGCUGACCCUGUUGAUCUUUGCACUAAAGAGUCACUGAAUUUAUUGGUCUCUAUAUCAGGGGAUUUCGAAAAAGGAAUUGGGGCCACAACAGAAGGAGCAAUUGCUAUUUUUGAGGGUCUGAAGAAUAGCACUUCAACUGGAAACAGCUAUGGUGAUGUAAUGGCUACUGUGUCUGUUCUUACCACAAUGAGUGGUGCAUCCACUAGAGUCACGAUGACCGAUUCCCUACUACCAAAUUUCAUUGAGUCUGCUAGCAGUCUGCUGAACACCUCCUGGUCAUCAGGGAAUAUACAGCGUGACUAUAAAGUUGCCACAACAUAUCUAUCGUCUGUUGAGAACCUAGUGAAAAACAUUCAGAUUAAUAACAGUGAGGGACACAAUUCAUCAAACAUCCAACUUCAAAUUUGCCGGAACAACAGUGCCUGCAAUAAAACUGUUUUCAACGUAGAAGUUGAACUGAAUUCAUCUUCUUCACUUGUGAAAACUAUGGGUAUGCAGGGCAUGGCAGAACGUCUCCCAAAGGGUAUUUAUUGUGAGGCAAUAUUUCCAUCAAUAGUCGUCACCGCCGUAGUCGAAAACAAUGGGCCUGUAAACAUCACAAUGAAUUAUCCAAUACCUGAAAAUGACUCUGCUGGCAACUCACCAGCCUGCAUAUUUUGGAACACGACAGAAAAUAAAUGGUCUCAACUGGGCUGUGUCCUGGUACAAAGUUCAGGAAACAUGAGCUACUGUGAGUGCAAUCACCUGACCUCCUUCUCUAUGCUGUUGUCCAAGACUCCCGUUAAUCUGCCUUUCUUAGACCAGCUAACUUACAUUGGGUUGGGAAUUUCCAUCUGCUCUCUGAUAGUCUUCCUCAUCAUUGAAUUUUUGGUAUGGAAUGCGGUGGUCAAGUCCAACCUCUCUCACUUCCGGCACAUGUCACUUGUCAACAUUUCUCUAUGUCUGCUCAUAGCUGACUGUGCCUUCGUUGCCUCCUCCUUCCCAAACAUUCUGAAUGACACCUUGUGUCUUAUACUGACACUCGCAAAGCAUUUCUUCUACCUGGGCAUGUUCUUCUGGAUGCUCUGCUUGAGCAUGAUGCUCCUCCAUCAGCUCAUUUUCGUGUUCAAUCCACUGAGAAAAAGCGUGUACAUGCCUCUCGCCAUCAUUGUCGGGUAUGUUUUUCCAACCGUGGUAGUGGGAACGACCUACCUGUACUACAACAAGAGAAAAGAUGUAACCUACUACAACCGAGCUUCCUGCUGGCUGACAUACGUAUCAUCAUUGCAAGGGUCCCUCUACGCUUUUCUCUUUCCAAUCGGUUUCAUUGUGUUUGCUAACUUGUGCUCAAUGGUGGUGGUCAUUUCAACUGUCCUGAAACCUGCUGCAACUGAGAACACCAAAAAGGAUGACAAAGAGGCAGCCAAGAGUGUCAUCAAAGUGAUCGUUUUUCUAACACCAGUCUUCGGUGGGACCUGGGUUCUAGGGCUUUUUGUGUUUCUGAUGGAUGACAACAAGAUCACCAAGGUUAUAAUCAAUUAUGCCUUCACCAUUGUAAACUCCUUACAGGGCCUGUUCAUUUUGCUGACAGGAUGUUUUGGAGAAAAACGAGUUCGAGAUGAAAUUGUGAAACUUGUCACUUCAUCGUUUGGGUCCAAAAGUGACAGCAAGUCAGGAAAAAAAUGAAGGUUGGGAUCAGACUAGAGUAGAUCGAGAGCUGGAGAAUUGCCAAUUAUACAGCAGCAGUAAACAGAGCAGCAGACACAAUGGAUGGCAGGAUGCUGUGUUCAUCAUAGAAGAUAAUACAGGCUCAUUUAGCAAAUAUCCAACACCACUAGCAUUCAUGCUGCAGUAUGUGGCACUUUGCUUCAGCUGAUGUACAGGUCAAGUCAUUUGAUGGAGUUCCCCUUCAUGACAGCAGAUUUGAUUUAGAUUAUAUCUCUUUGUCAAAGAGCUGAUACUGUGUGCUUUAUAUAUACACACAUUUUCACCUUUUUAUGCCUUCUACCUGUAGUUUUACUUCGUGCUCUUUUGCUAUUCUGAAAGCAGUCUAACUGCUAUACUGUAUACGGAUAUAUUGUUCAUAUAUUGUACAAAGUAUGUUUUUUUUCUAAACAGACAGUGGACAGUUAUACAGUUAAUAAAAAUUGUCAAUAAUACAUAGCAAAAUAUUUCCCAGUUGCACUUUCUGUGUUGGUGUGUGGUAAAAUGUGUCAGUGAAAGCCUGUUUAUGGGAAACUUACGGGAAAUUACGUUUUUAUUUAUGAACAUAGUAUAUUGCACAUAGAAUUUCACAAAUUAAUAAAUAAAACCAUUAUUUUUGCCUCAGUA